AUGGUCUCGGCGGGCUACUGGGCUGAUUGGACUGCUGGCACGCUGGCGCCCGAAAAGAUCGAUUGGACCAAGUUUGAUUUCAUCAAUUUUGCCUUUGCCACUCCGCAAUCAGACGCAUCCAUCAAAUUUUCGGAUGGGGACAGGUCUACUGCCCUGCUCAAGCGGCUGAUCAGCUCUGCCCAUGCAAACGGCAAGAAGGUUGUCCUCUCCCUCGGAGGCUGGGGAAACUCGAAUGGAUUCAGCGGAGCAGUCUCUUCGCAAAGCUUGAGAUCCACAUUCAUCAAGAAUGUGCAGUCUCUGCAAUCCAAAUACGGUCUCGACGGCUUCGACUUUGAUUGGGAGUACCCAAACAAUGUUCAAGGAGGACCGACCGACCCGUCCGACACGAAGAAUUUCCAGACAUUCUUGGUGGAUUUGCGUCAGGCUCUAGGCUCCAAGCCCAUCUUGGCAGCUGCGGUGCCUCACUUGCCGUGGUUAGCAGCUUCGGGAAGCCCUGUCAACAAUGUCAGCAGAGCAGCCAGUGCAUUGGACUACAUCACCUUGAUGAACUACGAUGUCUGGGGAUCCUCUUCCAAUCCCGGUCCCAAUGCCCCGCUCGCCAAUCUGUGCGGCAACUCUACCCAGCCUGCCGCCUCGGCUGCCGCAGGAGUGAAGCAGUGGGCUGCAGCAGGAAUGCCCAGAUCCAAGAUCAUCCUGGGCAUUGCGGGCUACGGCUACAUCAACACGAGCUCCAAAAAGACUCUGAGGCAGCGCGGCGAAGCAACAAGCAGGGAGACGGACGAUUUGAACGCUUCUUGGCCCGUUCGUCCAGAGCCUCAACGCGACCCUCGAUAUCGCGCAGUACCCUUUGCCAAGAGGGCACAAUUGGUCGGUCUGGACGGCUCGAGCUCCGACGGUCAGGUCAAUUUCAGACAAUUGGUCGAUCAAGGAGCUCUAAAGGUCAAGUCGGAUGGUACAUACGGGGCAGGAUCGGGCUGGACAAUGUACUGGGACGAUUGUUCCGACACUCCCUUUCUAUCCAACGGUAACAGGGUCGUCACGUACGACGAUACCUAUUCCCUCUACGACAAGGGAUCUUUCGCCAAACAGGCGGGCAUUGCAGGCGUAAACAUGUGGAGCGUGGAUGGCGAUACCUCGAAUUGGGCACUCAUGAGUGCUGCUAGAUCAGGUAUGGGCUUAUGA